AUUCUGAGCAACGUGAAUGCUUACGACCGGCGCGGCACUGGUGGCACUGGUCGUGGCCCGUGGCCAAGUCCACGCACAUGCGUACUCUUAAUCCGAAGACGCAAGUCAUGAAUAUUCAUAUGUUGGUCCAGAACUCAGUGGGAAAAAUAAUUUCGCUGGCGGCCCUGCGCUGGCUUGUACUUUGCUUGUAUACACUGUUCGAGUUGAGGAAGAAGACGCGGUCGAUGCUUCCCCUUCUAAGACUAGUUCUACAACCAUUUUACACAGUUGUUUCUGUAGAACUUGUUCCUAUGAGGCGAUUUCCAGUCGGUGUCAUCGAAGUUGUGAUAUGGAAAACUGCCAAAGAUGGAAGACCAAUCCACAGCCAUGAGACGUUUGAAGCAAGAACAACGAAUAACAGAGCUGAGCAACACUAAGAGUAAGAACAUCGAUACUGCCAGCAUUCCAGAAAUCAUUGACAUACUGCAUGCAUGUGAAGAGGAAAUAUUCAGUGGCUGGCAGAAUUAUCAGACAUUAUUUUGCAAGGAUUUUGUAGAGAAGCUCAGUGAGGUGUCCAAACAUGCAACCGACUUUAUUAAGGAUUCUUCUGAUAAUGCUAUUAUCCUUAGUGGCUGUGGAACGUCGGGAAGACUUGCCUUUUUCAUUUCUACCAAGAUGAACAGCUUGCUACAGGAAAGGGGAUUCCCCGAAUGCUUUGAUUACAUCAUCGCCGGGGGCAAAAGGGCAUUGACACAUUCUGUUGAAGCAUUUGAAGAUAGCCCAGCAGCAGGUCAGGAUGAGCUCAUCAAGGUCUCUGAAGGAAAGAAGAAGGUUCUUUUUAUCGGAAUUUCUUGCGGACUUUCAGCUCCAUUUAUAGCAGGCCAGUUGCACUAUUGCAUGUCUCACCUAGAAACAUUCCUACCAGUCCUACUAGGGUUUAAUACUUUACACAUGGUCAGUGAUAAGGCUAUAGAAGGUUGGGAUCAGUCACUCUUAUCAGUAACUGAACGUUUAAAGCUUUUGGAGAAAAAUGGCCAGGGGUAUAUUUUUAAUCCAAUUGUAGGGCCAGAAGCCAUCACAGGUUCUUCAAGAAUGAAAGGAGGCGGAGCUACAAAGUUAAUACUGGAGACCUGUUUCCUCACUGCACUUUCACAGCUUGGUCAAUCCUCACAAGAAAAGGAUGAAAAGAUGAAUACAGACAAUCCUUCAGCAGAUGACUCUUUCAAGCCAGAAGAAAUGAUUACCAGUCUCUUUGAGUGCUACAAACAGGUUUGGGAGACAUCCUACCAAUAUUCAAAGGACCAACUCUCUAAACUACUGGAACAAGCUGGAAAGACCCUUCUUGCUAGUGGACAUGUGUAUUACCUUGGUUGGGAUACAUGGGGUGUUCUAGGAAUGAUAGAUGCAUCAGAAUGCCCACCUACCUUUGGUUCAGAUUUUGAUGAUAUCAGAGGGUUUAUGAAAGGAGGUCUUAUGUCCAGAGCAUCUUCCCCUCAAACAGUGAAUGCUGCCAGAUCUCUGGAUCCACCUGAAGAUGAAACAUCACUGAAAUUCUUCAACGCUUCUGUUCUUCCAUCCAUCACUGCCAAUGAUUCUGUUGUAUUCCUUCUGCCUUUAAACAAUGAAAGAAUUGAUGAUGACCUGAAAACCUUAUUGCCUUCAGUAAUAGAGAAAACACAGCAAGUAGGCAUAAUCUCGACAUCUUCCCUAGAUAAGACUCAACUUGCCAUAGAAGGAUACACUUUAGUUCUGCUCGGGAAGCUUUAUAAGGAGACAAUGAAAGAUCUGGACCCUAAAUGGAAGAAAGUGCUUGACGACAGACUUGAUAGUUCCCUUUGGAGUGCAGUAUUGAAGAGUGUCAAUGAGUUUGCAGUCAAGUCAGCCCUCAAUGCUAUCAGUACAGGUGCUCACAUUGCUAAAGGGAAAGUAUACCAGAACUACAUGGUGGACCUGAGACUCAGCAAUUCCAAGCUUCUUGAUAGAGGUAUUGGCAUCGUAUCAAGGUGUGCUGGCUGUUCUAAAGAGAUUGCUAGAGAUGCUGUGAUGCGAGCCAUCUACAUGACUGAUGACAUCACUUCCUUUAGAGAAACACCUGUCUCAUCCAUCAUACAGACUGCUGGAAAUGUAGAAAGGGUUGUACCUGUAGCCAUCGUCCUUGCCAUCACAGAGUGUACCAUCAAAGAAGCUCUUGAUCACCAGAAGAGGGUGCCAAUCAUCAGAACAUUAAUUCUCAAUCUCCUUUAACACAGGUGUUGAGGUAAUCACAUUAGAUACGUAUGGAUCAGUAACUAAAGAACAUUGAUGUAGUUUUUAAUACAUAGUUUAGAAGAUUGCCUACAAAAAUAAUGUAUUGAAACUUUUAUGCAGGAUUUAUAUAUACUCAGGUAUGUGCAAAUAAAAUGAAUAAUGCCAUGUUGAUAGACUUUUAUCAAGAGAACAGUAAAAUAUUGAUUAUGAUGUGAACAAGUGCAAGAAAGUGUAACUUGAUUGGAUUUUAAGUUUUUAUCUGACUGCCAAGAGUGCAUUUAUCCUUAGAAGCAUCAAGGGGACUGAUGGCCUUACAUACUCUCACAUGGACUUGGUAUUUAGGAUGAAUGAUGAUAAUUAUAAGAACAUUAUGAUUCAUGAAGCAUGCAUAUCCACUCUGCAAAGUGCUUAAGAUGCUUCUUAUAUUGAUGUUAGUAUGGCCACCAUCGGCAAGUAGGUGUAGAAGCAUUCUUGUCAGGUACUCAUUUACUACACCUGGGUUUAGUGCAGCUAAAUAUAUGAAUGAUUUCUUGUUAGAUGGCUGGGAUUAAAAUUACAACCUUUUGAUUGAAUGGUAAGAGCCAGAACCACAAAUUCUUUUAAUACCUCAUCACCCAGCCAUGGCGCGUUUUCCUUCAGCAAGAAAGUAACCCACAUUGUGCUGCACUCUUCCCAGGUGGGGUAAAGAUAUUCCUUGAAUGCCAGAGUGCCUGUAUGCAGCACGGCUAUAGCCGGGUUAUGAAUGAUAAUAACAUUAUUGUAAUGCGCAGUUGAGUAUACAUACAUAUACAAAUUGUGCAAUAUCAAUGUAAAAUUAUUAUCAUUAUUAGUCGUGCACUACAUGUAUGCCAUUCACAAAGGCUUUCUGUGUGUCCUUGCCUAUGCUCAAAUGAGGGGGCUGAGUAGGAAAACCCUGCGUGCAUUUGCUGCUGAAAGGUUUGUCUUAGGGUGUGUUGCAAGAAAAUAUUUGCAACUGAUUGCAAAGUUUAGUUUCAAAGUGAAUGUAAUAGAUUACUGUCAACCAAACCAAUCCAAUUCAUAUACCUGUUUAUGCAAGAAAUAUGCCAGCAAUCGCUUACAAGUUUAUAAUGAAAUGUAUGGCUUCCAGUUCAAUUUGGGAGUUCGAAUCAAUUGCAGGUUUCAUGCAAAAACCCAUUUUGACUUUGUUGAAUUGGCCAUACUAUGUUUUGUAUCAACUCCACUUCCAAAACCAUGUAAACUCUGAUGGGCUUACUGUACAAUUGACAAAUUUAAAGUGCAUUAUAUCUUGAUGUAAUUGUGUUUUGAUUUUGUACAAGUGUAAUUCUGUCGUUUUGAUAGUUUUAUCAUAUUUAUGCUGUGCUUUUUAAAAUCAGGGAAGAUUUUGAUUUUAUAGAAUUGUGAUACUUAUAUACCUGCUACACUUCAUUAUUUGGCAAACAAAAGGCAGUGUGACACUAUUAAUUGCAGAAAAAAAAGUAUACCAAGUAUUCAAUCAGAAAAUAUAAAAGACGGAAAACAAUAUUUUUUUGUCAAAAUUAGAUGAGAAAAUUAAAAAAAAAUCAAAUAUGGAUCUUGAUAUUUCAAAGUCUUAUUGAUUAUCUUUGUAACCUUUUCAUAUAUGGAUCAAAGAAAAAAAAAGUAUACCAAGUAUUCAAUCAGAAAAUAUAAAAGACGGAAAACAAUAUUUUUCAAUAUUGCCUGUGUUGUGCUUUCUCUUGCUGGGUGGCGAGUUAUAUUAAUACCUCGACUGAUAUAUUUCAUGUAUUCAGAAACUUAAUGUCUUCGUAAUUAACAAGACCUGUUUUUAUCAUUGUACUACAUGUAUAUAGUUAUUUUCGCUGGAUGUUGCUACAUUUCAAAAGACUAGGAUGUUGUCAAUCACAUUGGAAUCUUGUUUAUUCUUAAUCAUAAUAGCCAAAGUUGAAAAAGACUGACUUAUUUACUUUAAACACAAACUUUCAGUGCCAAAUCAUAUUUUUUGUCAAAAUUAAAUGAGAACAUUUUAAAAACUCCAAUAUGGAUCUUGAUAUUUCAAACUCUUCUUGAUUAUCUUCGUAACCUUUUCAUAUAUGGAUCGAAGAAAAAAAAACUGACUUCCAUAAUGCUGUUAAAGAUAUUUGCCAAUGCUAGAAACGUGAUUGAGUAUUACUAGCUUUCCUUUUUUUAUGGGACACACUGUAGAUUAAAAACUUUCAGAGUUCAGGCUCUGAAACCCUGAUCAAAAGUAAGUAGAGUUUGCCCUUCAGACCUUGCCUGGCUGGUGAGCAUAAUUAACUUCAUAGCCAUUUCUAAACAACAUAAUUCUCAUGAUGGAUAUUCAAUAUUUUCACAUGCAAGAUAUAUAGGAGAUAUUUAUUUGUAUUAUUAUUUUUUAGCAAAUAUAAAGAUUUGCCCAAAAUGAAAGUUCAAUGUUGUUUAAGUUGUAACUGUAAAGAACAUUGUAUUAUGUGUUGCCUAUAACAUACUCAGAAUUAUCCAUUAUUGCAACAAAAAAAUGACUUGCAAAUGAUACCAGAUAUUUGAAGGAUGCAUUCUUUUACCAUAUUAUAUAGAUAUAGAUAUGCAUAUUUUUUCCCAAUUCACACAUUCCAUGAAUGAUGAUUACUAAAAAAUAUGUAUAUGUUAGAUUAAAAGGAAUAUAAUUUGUCAUGACUUGCCUGUAAUGAUACCAACUGUUUAAAAAGUUUUUUGAAGUGCACAUUUUUGAUCAUAUAUAUAAUAUAUUUUAUAAUAUGUUUUCUAUGAAUGAAUUUUUAUAUUUAUAUGAUUACUUCAUAUAGCAUUAUUCAGAUUCAUUAAAAUCAAAUCAUCAAAGUACGUGUCUGUGUAUAGUCAUAAUAUUAGCAGUAGGCCUAGUUCUUCUGUAGAAACAUAUAAAAAGCACUUUUUAUUUUGAAAGACAUUACGAGAGAGGAAAAACGCGUUCUUUGCUUUAAGAAGUUGUUGUUCAUUGUAAUUGUAGACAAACAAAAUAACACCCAUGCAUACACAUGUUCAUAAGCAAGAAAUAUAAGGGUUUUGUUUGUUUAUCUCUCCAAUCACCUUGCCACCCCACCCCCUAUUCUUUCUCUCUAUAUGUUUUUCUGACCGUUUGUCUUUCAAUCUGUCAUUUUCUCCGUCUGUGUCAUCUCUAAUAUCUGUCGUUACCCUGUCCCCUUACAAUACUCAUAAGAAAGAUUUUUAUAAAAUAAGAAAAUACAUAAACAAAUGUUAUGGAUAUCAGUAGAUAUAUAUUUACACAUCAUUUGAUAC